UGUCGAAUAGCUGUUUCGAGAAAAGUUCAAGCGCAAAGCAUGCUGGGACUUGGCUGUCAUGGCGCCGUACACAAACAGGAAUAAAUCAUCUGAGCACUGAGUUCCAACUUGGAUGGGAGUUGUGCUUUUGUUUUAUUUUGAGAAUUGAAAGACUGACACAAUAUCGGCAUCAUGUCUGCCAACAAAGCCGUGGAGCUGCAAAUGCAGAUGCGUCAAAAUGCAGAGGAUCUUCAUAACUUUAUGAAAGAGCUUGAUAGCUGGGAAGAGGACAUGAAGAAAAAAGAUGAAGAGCUUCGUACAGAAAACCUAGCAGAGUCUCAGAAAACUCUCCCACCUGUAAGAAACAAAGAUUUCAAGAAGAAGCGUAAGGUCAGAAGUAAAGUCACUGCUGAGAAUGGACAAGGGGAGGAGAAGCCAGCACAAAGAAUUAAAUCAUAUGACUACAAAUCUUGGGACAAAUUCGAUGUGGAGAAGGCCCUUGAGGCAAUGGACAAGGAAGUCAGCGCAGGUGAAUCAAAUGACUCAGACUCUGAGGAAGUGCAAGUGGACAGAGACCUAGCCAUGAAGGAGAAGGAGAAGGGCAACAAUUUUUUCAAAGAUGGAAAGUAUGAUGAUGCCAUUGAGUGCUAUACCAAAGGCAUGAGUGCUGACCCAUUCAGCCCUGUUCUGCCCACAAACCGAGCCGCCUGCUUCUUCAGACUUAAAAAGUAUGCUGUCUCGGAGUCGGACUGUAACCUGGCCAUAGCACUGGACGGCAAAUACGUUAAAGCUUAUAGCCGGAGAGGAGCUGCCCGCUUUGCUCUCCAAAACCUUCAAGGUUCUCUCGAAGAUUAUGCAAUGGUUCUGAAGUUGGAUCCGGAGAACCUUGAUGCCCAGAACGAGAUAAAGAAACUGAACCAGGUUUUAGGAUCCCAAAAGCAAGAAGACGGGCAGAUGGAGAAGACGGUGGCUGAGGUGCCGCUUACCGAGGCUGUAAAACCGAAUCAGUUGGAGGAGGAACAACAGAGAAAGCAAGAGGCAGUGGUGCAAAAAGACAGGGGCAAUGCCUACUUUAAAGAGGGAAAAUAUGAGGCAGCUGUCGAGUGCUACACUAAAGGCAUGGAGGCUGAUGCCACAAAUGUUCUGCUUGCUGCUAACAGAGCCAUGGCAUACCUCAAACUUGAGAGGUAUGCUGAGGCAGAAGAAGACUGCACCAAGGCAAUUGGUCUAGACAACACUUACUCAAAAGCUUUUGCUCGCCGUGGCACAGCCAGGGUGGCCCUGGGAAGACUUUCUGAUGCCAAAGCAGAUUUUAAGGAGCUUCUGAAGCUCGAACCAGGAAACAAGCAAGCCAUGAACGAACUCAAAAAACUCAGCAUGGAGAUGAUGCCUUCUGGGCUGCAACAAGCAGAUGGCACACAAAGAAGAACAGUUCAGCCAAUCGACAAACCAGAACACCUCAGAUCCACAAAACCAUUGAAAAGAAUGGAGAUCGAGGAAGUUGGUGGAAAGCUCAUGCCUAUAGCUGAACCUCAGGGAGUCACAGUCAAGGCAAGCUCUUCACUCUGUGGGACAUUAUCCAGUGCAUCUUCUUCAUCAGAGAUGAAAUGUGAGGCCGCUCCAUGCUCAUCUUUCCCAUGUGCUAAGAUCCAGAAGAUAGAGGAGCUAUCACAGCCUCCAUCAGAGCCAUCUGCCUUAGCCCCAGAUAGAGGUUCCUUUGCCAAACAAAAUGUCCUGCACAAAGAGGAGAAACAUCCCAGUAAAACAGACCAAACAUUAUCGUUGUCCACUUCAGUCCAGCUUGAAGUUAUUCCUCCACCUCCCACUAACAGCUUCCAGCUUGAAUCAGAUCUGAGAAUGAUCGGUAAUCACCCUGAACUUAUCUACCAGUAUUUGAAGCAAAUUCAGCCUGAUGCUUUUCAAACAAUUUUCCAAAACUCCCUGGAGCCUGAUAUACUUAAUAAGAUCCUGAAAGUGCUUCAGAGUUUUUACAUUAAAAAUGAGGAUCCAUCGGUCAUAUUGGCCAUCCUGAAAAGCUUGUCACUUGUGAGAAGAUUUGACAUGGCAGUCAUGUUUAUGUCAUCGACUGAAAAGCAAGUAUUACAGGAGCUGUUUCAGUGCAUUUCACAUGCUGGACUGGAGGAUGAUUCAGUCCAAACCUUAAAGAAGAAAUAUGGAGUAUAACUUCUGUGUUGUGGAGGGACAGAGGAGAAGAACUGGACUCUGUAUUAGUGACAGUUUUUGACUUGGCUUGUCUUCUAGACAGGCUUGUCUGUCACUGUUGAGUCCCAAAUGUUUGAGUGUCUAUCAUCUUAUACCUCAAAUCUAGAGAUAAAUGAAUUAAACAUAUUUGACAGUGAUUUUCAUUUCGUUUGUUGGCUUCCAUGAAACUGUUGAUGUAUUUUUUUUUAACUAUAUAAAAAGCCCAGUUUGGAAAUCAGGAUUCAGUUGUUUUAUGUCCAGAUUGAUAUUACUGAGUUAAUAUUAGAUUUAAAACACAAUUCUCUUCCCAUAAACAGUGAUGUCUUCUACUUGGUCAUAAUCUAACCAUUAUACCAAACUGUAUAAUGCUUGCAAACACCAGUGUUGGCAGCAACUCCACUCUGUCAGCUGAGGACGGAUAGCUUUCUGGAAAAUAAAAUUGCAACAUAAACAUGGUCAUAAAUAAUCAUUUCUGAGAAAAACAUAAACUCUUCUGUAGGCCAAAAAAAUGUGCGAAUACAUCGCACAUGUGGUAUGUUUUUAGACUUUCACUUGCAGUAUUUCUAUAUGGCUUUGGACUAUAACUUGUGACAGUAAAAAAAGGCACUUCACCAGGCCUUAAAUUUACUUAGAGGAUUAUUGUGUAUGAAAUUAUUUUUUGGGGGAAAUAAACGUCAAGCAUUAAAAAAUGAUGAUCGAUUCCAAGAAUCACUUUCAGAGACUGAAUGCAGUUAAGGCCAAAGGUUUACAUCCACCUGAAGAUGUUCAAGUGUUUCACAUUUCUAUUUCAGAACUGCAGUGGGUAUACCAGUCCAACGAUUAUAUACAGACUCUCUACACAGUCUGGAAGAUUCCAGAAAUUGAUGUAAUACAUUU